UCGUUGGCGUGUACUGUGUGUUCUCUAUCCGACUGGGCAUGACAGAUCAUCCAAGCAAAUCAAAUACCCAACUCUCACACAUUCUCAAACUUUAGGUUCCAAAAACUUCAAAGAGAGUUUUGUGAAAAUUAAAUUUAAGAGAGAACAAAAAAGAGUAGAGAGAGAAGAAGUAAAUGGGAUUCGGCUUAGAGAGCAUCAAACCACUCUCCGGCGGCUGGGGCGCGGCGGCGCGUUCCUGUGACGCUUGUAAAUCAGCUUCCGCCGCCGUGUACUGCCGAUUCGACUCAGCCUUCUUAUGCAUCACUUGCGACACAAGCAUCCACUCCUUCACGCGUCACGAGCGCGUGUACCUCUGUGAAGUCUGCGAACAAGCUCCCGCCGCCGUCACCUGCAAAGCCGACGCCGCCUCACUCUGCGUCACCUGCGACUCCGACAUCCACUCGGCUAAUCCUCUCGCUAGCCGCCAUGAACGAGUCCCCGUCGAGUCUUUCUUCGACUCAGCCGUCGCGAAAAUCUCACCUUCCACGUUUGGAGUCCUCGGCGAUUCCACCACCGUCGACUUAACCGCCGUUCCGGUGAUCGGAAACGCCGACGAGCUCGGUUUGUGCCCGUGGCUGCUCCCUAACGACUUCAACGAACCGGCAAAAAUCGAAACUGUAACUGAACUGAAGUCUUCUGAGUUUAUGUUCUCUGACUUCGAUCGACUCAUUGACUUCGAGUACCCAAACACGUUCGGAGCAGACAGCCUCGUACCGGUUCAGACAAAAACAGAGCCUCUUCCUGUAACUAACAACGACCACUGCUUCGACAUAGACUUCUGCAGAUCAAAGCUCUCGACUUUCACCUACCCAACUCAAUCAAUCAGCCAUAGUGUCUCGACUUCGUCUCUCGAAUACGGCGUCGUUCCCGACGGGACCACCUCCGUCCCGUUUAACCGGAGCACGAUCACUACCUCGACGGGGACUACCGGCGAGCAACCGAGCUCCAUGGACAGGGAGGCUCGGGUUCUGAGGUACAGAGAGAAGCGGAAGAACAGGAAGUUCGAGAAGACGAUACGUUACGCUUCGAGGAAAGCUUACGCUGAGUCACGGCCAAGGAUCAAAGGCCGUUUCGCGAAACGAACGGAGACUGAGAACGACGACGUUUUCUUUAGUCAGGUUUACGCUUCAGCUGGGCAAUACGGUGUCGUACCGACGUUCUGAUUUACCUGAAAGCUCAUCCUCUCUUCCACCCGUCGACUUAUUGUAGACAACCAAUUUAUCCUUUCUUACAGCUUCGCCCGAUUACUUUUUUUUUUUACUGUCUCUCUCGCAGCUCGCUGCCACUGUAAGCUGUAACUUUUUUUUUCUAUUUAUGUGUGCUUAUUUUAGAAAAGUGAAAAUCAUAUAAUUUGGUAAUUACGGUUUUAUAUA